AUGGCCAGCACAUCUAUAACAGGAGAAGCGAAGGCUGCUUAUGGUGGGUCAACCUCCGUAGAUGCAAAGAAUCUUAUGGCACGUCUUCAAGCUGGAAGCCCAACCCGAUCAAUCCGUCCCCUACCAAGGCGCAAAGACAUACAACCACCUCCCUCUUCCUCCCCACCCAUACAAUUCGCCAGCGAUCAGAACCUCAACACAAUGAGAUUCGCAUUCCCAACACCUCCCUCAGCCCCUUCGUUUUCUCGCCUCCCUGUCCCCGCUGUUCCCAAGACUAUGACGGUACUCGAGAUCCAGAAAUACCUUCCUAGGAUGGACUCGAAAGACAAAGCUGCGGCAACAACUGAGCAAAAAGCUGCUCAAAACAUUGAUUCGGUCAAGAUUGAUAAGACCAGUGAGCCAGAUAACGAAAAGCAGGAUGACCUGGAAGCUUUUGCUGAGAUGGAAGUGAAGAAAGACGAGAACCCGAGCCUGAUGUUUCUUGAUUUGCCACCAGUACCCAACGAUCUGGGGAAGGUGACUGGUCUAUCUGCAGAGGUUGAAGAGCUCAUGAAGACGAUUCGUACCCUUGAAGAAGAGAAGUCAGAUCUGGCUGAGGAGUUGAGGAGACCUGAAGAACAGCUUGCUGCAGCAAGAAAAGCUCGUUUGGAUUGUGCUGAGGAAGUUAGUCUUUCGCAACCAGAUACUGCUGAGAAGAACUCCGACAAGAUCAGCGAGUCUCAAUCUAAUCCUUCUCUUCUGUCUUCUCCAGAACAGCCAACCUACCUCCCGACUUGCGUAAGAAAAAAACUCUUCAACUCCCAACUCUUCAAAGCAGAAGAUCUCCCCAAAGAAAGAGACGCCGAGUUCAUGGCCGACAUCCUCCAAAGCCUUGCAGAGGAAUUCGACGCAGCGGAAAAUGUCGAAUCUCAACCUCAACCACAAGCUGAACCUUCACCUCCUCUUACCAGAACGGCUUGGCGAGCACAGAAUGGCUUGAAGCCAAAGCCAACGCCGUAUGAACCUAUCUGUAAAUACAGCACGUCUAUUUUCAACUAUACUAAGAUUCUUGGGUUGAUUUUUUCUUUGUUGGUGUUUAGAUCUUUUUGGUUUCCGUUUGAGGGAUAUUCGUUUGAUUUUGAUUUACGAGCACCCUUCUUCACUACCACAGCCACCAGCCUGAAUCCUUACGACCUUACAACCUCCAUCGCCAACUUCAUUAACAUAACUGAAGCAGUCUACAACGAACCUACUUGCUUGACAUGGAGUAACGGAUCUUCCGAACUAAACGACAUGAUCACUUGUUUCGCAUGCGAUGAACCUGUUCCUGAACCUCCUUUUGUGCCGGAAAUAGAAGAGGAGGAAGAAGAAAAAGAAGAAAAAGAAGAACAAUAUGAGAUUGUGUAUAAGCAUGACCCGCUAUACCCUGUGCAGAAAGCGAUGUGGGUUGGAUAUCAGUGGACGCAACCUGCUUGGAGGCGCAGUAACCUUUACGGGUAUUUGUUUUCGAGUUGUGAUGAAGACCUUGUCUUCGUUUGUUGA